AGUCGCCUUUGAUCCCACCCUAUCCCUGAGGCGCUGCUCGGGUGUGAGCCUGACUUCCCCAGUUCAUCUCCCAAGUCCGCCCCACGCCGGGCGGGGCCUGGCCGGACUGCUCUAACUGCCCCCGCGAGCCCAGGGCACCAGCCACGAGGUGGCCGGCACGGGCCUGGGUCAGGAUGGCUACGUGGAGACGGGAUGGCCGGUUAACCGGCAGCCAGCGGCUCCUGUGUGCGGGGCUGGCCGGGGCGUUCAGCCUCAGCCUCACCGCGCCCCUGGAGCUUGCCACUGUGCUGGCCCAAGUCGGCAAGGUGCAAAGCCACUCCCUGGGGCUGUGGGCCACCGGACGCCGGGUGUGGCUGUCCGAGGGGCCAAGGGCCCUGUGGAAAGGGAAUGGCGUGGCCUGCCUGCGCCUCUUCCCCUGCAGCAUGGUACAGCUGGCCGCCUACCGAAAGUUCGUUGUGCUAUUCAUGGAUGACCUGGGCCGUAUUUCCCAGUGGAGUUCCAUUGUGACUGGAAGUCUCGCAGGCAUGGUUUCCACGAUUGUCACAUACCCUACAGACCUCAUCAAAACCCGAUUGAUGGUGCAGAACGUGCUGGAACCAUCAUACAGGGGGCUAAUCCAUGCUUUUUCUACUAUUUAUCAACAAGAAGGGUUCCUGGCCCUUUAUCGAGGGGUAUCCCUCACUGUUUUAGGUGCUGUUCCCUUCUCUGCUGGCUCCCUUCUAGUUUACAUGAACCUGGAAAAAGUCUGGAAUGGACCCCGGGACCGCUUUUCUCACCUGCAGAACUUUGCCAAUGUCUGUGUGGCUGCUGCUGUGAGCCAGACCCUCUCCUUUCCCUUUGACACUGUGAAGAGAAAGAUGCAGCCCCACCACUGAAGAAAGACAUUUUUCUACAGAGCUCAGGAUUGCUCAUGCAAAUACUAUGCGAACCACUUCUGCUAACCUCUAGGCUACUAGCUUAAGCCAAUGCCUAGACCUCUUUUUUAAUGUAUCCGUCUUCUAGAAAGCUUCCAGAUAAGGCUCCCUUUUCUUUCCUGGCCCCUGGUUACAUCACUUAAUGGUUCUUCUUCCUACGUCACCAGAAAAGGAGGACACCGCAAAAUGUAACCUGUUAACUUGCCUUCUUGAUGCCACCACAGGGAAGACAUAGUACUCUUUCUUGUCACUGUGCCUUUUCUGACUAAAAUAAACCAAGAACCAUUCAACAAGAGGCCUAAGAAAGAAACUGCAUUUCAAAAGGGUGCAACUGGCCAUGCACUGCCCUAACAAUUGCUAGGGAAACAUGUUCACUAUAGAGCACAAAGGCAAAACAGAAAGAAAGAGGCUGCAAAUUGAAGAAUUAGCUUAGCCUGCAUUCUUAUCAACAAAACCAAUCUGAUCAGUCGAUGAUAUAACAAGAGGGCGUUACAGCCACAUGUGGGUAAUCAGAAUCCAAGCAAGAUCCACUGUUUUGCCAUCUUCCCCUAACCCUGCUCACUCGGUUGCUUGCCUACGUCCUUGGCCUCUCUGAUAUGACUGACAUGUUCCUGAAGCUCUGCAGAAAUGAAUUUGAGGUCAUUUGCAUGCCACUUGGAAUGAGUAGUCCCACUUGUUGGUUUCUCCACAUGACUCUGACUUGUUUCUCUAGUUUCUCAAUGCCACUCCUCACUUCCUGUUUCCCUGGUCAGUGCCAAAAAACGUGAAGGGACUUGACUCCCCAAUGUUAUCUUCAGACAAGAUGAUACUCCACUCUGCCACUCCGAUCCACAAAACAUCCCAUCUGUCUGGGUUUCUUCUCUUCUGCCCUUGUCCAGAUGAACCAUUGCCACACUGGUAUGACUAUAGUGCAAAUCACAAUGAACAUAACUUCUGAUUUAAAAAAUAAUGCACAUAUUAAAACAUGGUUUAAAGGGUUGAUUUCACAUUAUGUAUGCUUGGUCACAAUAAAACAAAGUAAUGUACAUGUGGUUGUAGAAAUUUGAGGAAAUACAGCAAAGUAGGGAAAAAAGGAAAAUAGCUUAAUUCUUCUAAUAGUUACUAGUUUUUUUCUGUGCAUGUUCAUACACACACACAUAUACUGGCAUUAUUUUUUAGAAAUUGUGUUUGGACUACAAAUAAAAGUUGGUAGCUUACUGUUUUUACUUA